AAGAAUCGUUCAGUCCUUGCGUUCAUUCAGGUGUCUACCCAUUUUUAUCUGCGCAGACGCAACAUCUGAGCUCAGAGCGUGACACUUGUCGCAGGUCUUGGCUAUAAAAGUCCAACAGCGAUCCUUCCUUUGAAGACGUCCUGUUACAAGGUUCUUGAUACACCACAACCGAAAGUGGGAGAGGGAAUCAUCCCAACUAAAACACCAUCUUCCAGGGACAUACUCACUAUAACCUAACUCAGAUUCCUGCUGAUCUCCUGACAUGAAGCUCAAUUUCCUAGUGUCCACUGUGGUAAUGCUCGUUGCUCUUCUACCGCGCUAUGAAUGUAGAGCUAUCGAAAGCCAGGGCGCUGUCCAGCAAGAUCCUGGUCCACAGUCUGAUCUACAACAGCAGUCUCUUCCUUUUUUGGUGCGACUGGGAGAGGAAUACUUCAUUCGUCUCGGCAACGCUAAUUCUCCCUUGUCCACGCCAAACAUGUCCCCCGAUGCGCCCUCGGCAACCAUCAGCAGAGCUCUGCAGCUGCACCUCACGCAGCGUCUUUUGCAAGGCAAAGUUGGUAACAUCAGUCGCCUGGUAAGCAGCUACGCUAGCCAGCUUGACGACUCGACGGAGAGAGGGAAGCGAUCCGAAGAGCCUCCCAUUUCAUUGGACCUGACAUUCCACCUGCUUAGAGAAGUAUUAGAAAUGGCUCGAGCUGAACAAUUAGCGCAACAGGCACAUAGCAAUAGAAAAAUGAUGGAAAUCUUCGGGAAGUAAUGGUGACAUACAUCCAUUUGCCAAAGGAAGUUUCACAUCUAGCACAAGACACAAUAUUCUAUACCAUAGUGCUGCUUUUACAUUAUUUAUUAAUCUGAUUGAUUUUGUUAUUUAUUUUUAUAGCUUCGAACCUCAACUGAAGAAAACAUACUGAGGAAUUGCAUUUCGCUUGAUGGUAAUCAGAUUGUAACAUAAAUGCCAGAAAAAAAUGUCAUCAAUUUGUAUAACUGUUGUAACAGUGCUAAUACAAAACUGUAGCAUUUACGGAGAUCCUCUCACGUUUGUUCUUGAAAAAAAAAAAAAAAAAAAAAAAAAAACAAACAACAAGAAAAAAAAAAGAUUAAUAUAUUUUGAGUAGAUUGUAGAAAAUCACAGUUUUCAGGAUGGCGUAUUCCAAUAUGGAAGGCUUCUCUGGACCUCAGUUUCACUGUAUUUUACCUUGUUUAAAUUUAAUAAUAAACAUAAUAUGAGCAAGUCA